UCACCCCCCCUGCGGAGUGUUGCAGUUGGACGGGUCCGGGGCCGACAUGGCGGAGCGGCGGGACACAGAACCCGGGUUGGCCGGGGGAUUGAAGUAUGGAUGCCAACAUUAAUAUCCAAGAAACACCUGUGGUUUUAGGAAGCUCCUACAAGAAGCAAGCUGCAAAGGUACCAGAAGAAUCUCUAUUGGAUGAGAAUUAUUUCAUGAACUCAGAGGUGCUGACGGGAAUUCCAGGUAUUGCUAGUGAGGAUGAGGAUUAUUUGCUGACGGGCAGCACUUCCUCCACAUUACACUCUCUACAGAGUAUGGACAAGGAGAGGACUACUACAGAGCACAAAACAGAGGGUGAAAGAGAAAUUCAUAUAAGUAACUUGAGACUAACAGAUUUCCUCCCUCAGCUAAGUAAAGAGUCCAUGCUACAAACCAUCCAAAAAGACUUAAGCGUAUCCAGAGAGAGAGCAGUCCAAGAGUUGUACACAUCUAAGGAUUCAGGCCGGGCAGGGAUAUUCCAAGACAAGUUUUCUAGAGAGUCAGAUUGCAGAUUAAAAGGAAGUUUUGACACAAAGCAAGGUAAAAUGGAGGAAUCCUCACGAGGACAGUUGGCAGCACAAGCCCCAGAUAGCAACUUUAGGGAACCUGGCUACAGCUACAGUAGCAAGUCACCAAUGGGUGAAAGUUUGGGGAACUCUUAUUCUUCAAGUGUCAGGAUAAAGGAGGAGCCAAUGGAUGAAGAUUAUGAUAGGGCACUCGCACCUCCACCCAACUUCGUAGACAAAGUCAAAGAUGAACCAGACAACUCUGAGGAAUAUUCCCAGCAACCAAAAACUUCUGAAGGGGAGCUUAAAAUCAGUGCAGUCUUUUCAGUCAGUGGCAGCCCCUUAGGUUCUUCAGUAGCUCCCCAGCACUCCAGUGGAUUGCAGGCACCCCUGAGCUCCCCAGGAGUAAACAAAUCUGUCCCAGCAGUUCCUGCUGUUCCCGCUGUCCCUGCUGUCCCUCCACCCUCUGUCAGAGUUUCCUGUUCAGGCUGCAAAAAGAUUCUUCAGAAGGGACAGACUGCAUACCAGCGUAAAGGAUCUACACAGCUCUUCUGUUCCACCCUUUGCCUUACUGGUUACACUGUAUCUCCCGCCCCUCGGCCAGUUCCUCCUGCCAAGAGAACCUGCGCCAGCUGCUCAAAAGUCAUUGUAGACCCCAAGGAUGUCAUUACAGCCCAGUUUGACAGUACGAGUGGCAGUAAGGACUUCUGUAGCCAACCCUGUCUGUCAUCCUUUGAGUUGAAGAGGAAGGCAACAGUAACCAUUCACACCAAUAGCAUUUCUACUAAGUGCAGCGUGUGUCUGAAAAAUGCUGUGAUUCGACAUGAAGUAAACUACCAGAAUGUGGUUCACAAGCUCUGCAGUGAUGUCUGCUUCUCGAAAUUCCGCUCCGCAAACAACCUGACUAUGAACUGUUGUGAAAAUUGCGGGGGGUAUUGCUAUAGUGGCUCUGGACAGUGCCACUUGCUGAACAUUGAUGGCCAGUGCAAAAAGUUCUGCAGUUCCGCUUGUGUGACCGCCUUCAAACAGAAAUCUGCAAAGAUCACUCCAUGUGCGUUAUGUAAAACUUUACGUUCGUCAGCAGAAAUGAUCGAGAACACCAACAGUGUGGGCCGCACUGAGCUGUAUUGCUCUGUAAAUUGUUUGUCUGCCUACAGAGUCCAGACUGUCACGUCAUCAGGCAUCCAGAUACAAUGUAACAGCUGCAAAAUGAUGGCCAUGCCCCAGUAUCAUCUGGCAAUGUCUGAUGGGAGCAUCCGAAAUUUCUGCACCUACAACUGUGUCGUGUCCUUUCAGAACCUGUUCAGCAAGCCCACAGGCGCAAAUUCCUCUGUGGUCCCCUUGUCCCAAGGCCAGGUGAUCAUGAGCGUCAAUGCUGGGGCAGUAACACAAGCCGGGAAUAGCACGCCAACUGUGGUCACCGCUACAUCAACAUCCUCCUCUUCAACAGUUAGCAGUUCAGCAGCCGCUGGACUGCAGAGACUAGCUGCGGCACAAUCACAGUCCCAAUCCCAGCAACAAAACACCUUUUCACGUCUUUCUGUGAAGCUGAGAUGUGUGCAGUGCAGCCGACUCUUUGCCAAUAAGCCCGAACUUUUGGAUUACAAGGGUAAAAUGCAUCAGUUUUGUGGCAAAGCAUGCUGUGAUGAGUACAAAAAAAUUAACAUGGUUAUGGCCAUGUGCGAGUACUGCAAGAUAGAGAAGACCAUCAAGGAGGUGGUACGCUUCUCAGGGAUUGAGAAGGUGUUCUGCAGUGAAGGUUGCAAGCUGCUAUACAAGCACGACCUUUCAAAGAAGUGGGGCAAUUACUGCAAAAUGUGUAGUUACUGCUGCCAGACCUCUUCUAAGUUGGUGCGGAAUCAUUUUGGAGGGAAAUUGGAGGAGUUCUGUGGAGAAGAGUGCAUGUCAAAGUAUACGGUGUUGUUUUACCAGAUGGGGAAAUGUGAAAGCUGCAAGCGACAAGGCAAGCUAAGCGAGUCUCUGAAAUGGAAAGGGGAGAUGAAACACUUCUGUAAUCUGAUGUGUGUCCUCGUCUUCUGCAAUCAGCAAAGCACAGCAGAGCCUCCACCAGUCAAUAAUACAGUAUCUAAUGUUCCCAUGGUCCAAGCAGUACCAGCUUCCACUGGCUCCUCUGGAGCUAAGGAGUCGACUCCGGUUAUUGCCAAUGUAGUGUCCCUCGCUAGUGCCCCUGCAGCACAACCCACUGCAAACUCCAAUAACGUCUUACAAGGUGCUGUUCCUACAUUAACACCAAAGAUAAUUGGAGAUGCAAGUACUCAGACAGAUGCCCUGAAACUUCCUCCCUCACAGCCCCCACGCCUCCUGAAGAAUAAGGCCCUACUCUGCAAACCUUUCACACAAACCAAGGCAACCUCGUGCAAACCUCACACGCAGCACAAGGAGUGUCAGACAGAAGAUGAUGGGAAGCCACAGAUCUUGGUGAUUCCUAUACCCGUGCCAGUGUUUAUUCCUGUUCCCAUGCACCUGUAUACACAGUUUGCCCCAGUUCCACUAAGUGUACCUCUCCCGAUUCCAGUCCCAAUGCUGAUUCCCACCACUCUUGAUAAUGCCGACAAGAUUAUAGAUGCAAUUGAGGAUCUCAAGGAAAAAGUCCCAUCUGAUCCCUUUGAGGCAGAUAUUCUUCAAAUGGCAGAAAUGAUUGCUGAAGAUGAGGAAAAGGAGAAAACGCUUUCUCAUGGAGAUCAGGGCAGCACUUACAGUGGAGACCUGGAAUCUGAAGCUGUAUCCACCCCACACAGUUGGGAAGAUGAAUUAAACCACUACACUCUUAAAUCGAACAACUUGCAGGAUGCAGAUACAGAAAUUCGGCCGAUUUCCAGAGUGGGGAUUGAGCAGGAUCUGGAAUUAGACAUCCCAACAGAAACAUUUGACCCAUUAAGUAAAGGCUCAAGUUUCUUUGGUCGGACUCGGGGACGACGAAAACACCGUGAUGGUUUCCCACAGCCAAAACGCCGGGGCCGCAAAAAAUCUGUGGUAGCUGUGGAGCCCCGAAACCUUAUGCAGGGAUCAUACCCUGGAUGUUCUGCAUUGGGUUCGACAUUAAAAUACAUGUAUGGCGUCAAUGCCUGGAUGAAUUGGGUACGAUGGAAAAACUCACAAGAAGAACCUGAAGACAUUAAGUUUGGAGUGCGACCUGUAAAGCUGAAAGAAGAUAUUCUGUCAUGCACCUUUGCAGAACUCAGUUACGGCCUAUGCCAAUUUAUCCAUGAAGUACGCCGGCCAAAUGGAGAGAAAUACAAUGCAGAUAGUAUCCUGUACCUGUGCCUUGGAGUUCAACAGUAUCUGUUUGAGAAUGGAAGAGUGGAUAACAUUUUUACAGAACCCUAUUCCAGAUUUAUGGUGGAACUUACAAAGCUGUUGAAGAUCUGGCACCUGCCUGUAUUACCCAAUGGUUACAUAUUUUCGAGGAUUGAGGAGGAACAUUUAUGGGAGUGCAAGCAGCUGGGUGCCUACUCGCCUAUUAUCCUUCUCAAUACCCUGCUCUUCUUCACCACUAAAUUUUUCCAACUGAAGACUGUGACUGAGCACCAGCAACUUUCCUUUGCCUAUGUCAUGAGACGUACAAAAACUCUAAAAUACAACACCAAGACAACAUAUCUGCGUUUCAUGCCUCCUUUCCAGAAGUCGGAGCUGGAGCAUGAUAAAGCAUCAGGCGGGAAGAGAAAGAGACUAGAGGAUGAAGAUGGACAGUUUGUGAUGGAAAUGGCUGAAAACACAGACAACCCACUCAGGUGCCCAGUCAGGCUGUAUGAAUUUUACUUGUCCAAAUGUUCUGAAAGUGUGAAACAGCGGAGUGACGUCUUCUACCUUCAGCCAGAGCGUUCUUGUGUACCCAAUAGCCCCAUGUGGUUCUCCACAAUGCCCAUUGACCCAGGCACAUUGGACAGCAUGCUGACCCGGAUUCUCAUGGUUCGAGAAAUUCAUGAAGAGCUGACCAAAGCAAAAGAGGACUCAGAAGGGGAGCUUUCAGAUUAA